UUUAAAAAAAAUCACACAUGAAUUAAGGUUGUGACUUCUGUUUUAAUAUAUAAGAUGUCAUUCAACUCUCUUUAUUUGGAAUAAAAAUAAAUUAGUUAUAUUUGAUCAAAAAAACAAAAAUAAAUAAAUUAGUUAUAUUAUGACACAUCUAAAAUAUAUAACACUAAUUAUAAAAAAAUCAAUAUUAAUGUAUAAAAAUGUAAGAACGGAUACCACGCGGCGCGAAUCAGUUUAUAGUAUAUUCCAUCUGUUUCUUAUUACUUGAUGUUUACUCUAAUGCACACAUAUUAAAAAAAAUUAUUGUUUAUCAAAAGUGUCACUAAACUACAAUAUAAAAUUAGUUUAUUUAAUUAUAAAUAAAAAUAAUAAAAAUCUAGUUGGUUACACAGUUUUUGAUAAAGUUAAAGUUACAUAAAUUUAUGCAAACUUUAUCUACUAUGAAACAACAAAAUUGCUCUAAAACAUCGAGUAUAUUGAAAUAGAAAGAGUAUAUUAUAGGUAUUAGAAACACAUAUUUGUAAUUAUGCUGGAAAGGUGAUUUGGAUAGGGGUUGUCUCUAGAGCCAGGCAGCCAGCCAACCCAAAUCCUCGCAGGCUUUGUGAUGAGAUUGAAUAUUCCCUGAUAUUGCUACGAAACCUGCUCUCUCAGAUCAGAGGAUUACUCUGAUAGCUGUGAAUAUCUGUCGAAAACGGCGUCGUCGAGUUGACAACGAUUUUGGAUUAUAUAUGAAAAGAUAACGUUGCUUUUUGCGAAAGGUUUGCAAACUCUUCCUAGGUGGAAGAUGUACAUAGACAUCUGCUCAUCGUCAUCUUCUCCUUCUCUUCCAUCAAUACCCUUAACCAGACCUCAUAUUCACACCUCCAUACCCUUCUUCACCAUACCUCCUGAGUCAACACAACAUCGCAGUCUCAUCUUCACAGUCUCUGCAUCAUCUCCACAAUCCACAGAAACUAAAAACGUAUGGAGAAAACAACCAGAGAAGUCAACAUCGUCGAAGAAACAUCGGAGGUACCAAAGAUCCACUUUUCUCGACCACAAAGUCGACAUGGACGAGCUUCUAGCUUCAAUUCACCAAACCCAUAACGAGGAAGAGCUUUUCUCUCUCCUCUCUUUGUACAAAGACAGACAAUUGUCUAUACGCUUCAUGGUCUCGCUUCUUUCCCGAGAACAAGACUGGCAGAGAUCACUCGCCUUACUCGACUGGGUUCACGACGAAGCUAAGUAUACACCUUCCGUGUUCGCCUACAACGUCGUUCUCCGAAACGUGCUGCGAGCUAAGCAAUUCGAGAUCGCACACGGACUGUUCGACGAAAUGCGUCAGAGAGCUCUUGCUCCCGAUAGGUAUACUUACUCGACGCUUAUUACUUCGUUUGGUAAAGAAGGUAUGUUCGAUUCGGCUUUGUCUUGGCUUCAGAAGAUGGAACAAGACCGUGUUUCUGGUGAUCUCGUCUUGUACAGUAACCUCAUUGAGUUGUCUAGGAGGCUUUGUGAUUACUCCAAGGCUAUUUCGAUCUUCUCGAGGUUGAAGAAGUCCGGCAUUACGCCUGAUCUCGUUGCGUAUAACUCGAUGAUUAAUGUUUAUGGAAAGGCUAAGUUGUUCAGAGAAGCUCGUUUGCUUAUGAAGGAGAUGAAGGAAGCUCGUGUGGAACCAAACACAGUUAGUUACUCAACUCUUUUGAGUGUUUAUGUGGAGAAUCAGAAGUUUCUUGAAGCUUUGUCCGUUUUUGCAGAGAUGAAAGAGGUGAAUUGUCCAUUGGAUCUCACGACUUGUAAUGUAAUGAUUGAUGUUUAUGGUCAGCUUGAUAUGGUGAAAGAAGCUGAUAGGUUGUUUUGGAGUAUGAGGAAGAUGGAUAUUGAACCAAACGUUGUUAGCUACAACACGAUCCUCCGCGUUUAUGGUGAAGCUGAGCUUUUCGGUGAAGCUAUUCAUCUUUUCAGGUUGAUGCAGAGGAAAGACAUUGAGCAGAACGUUGUUACUUACAACACGAUGAUUAAGAUCUAUGGGAAGACUCUGGAGCACGAAAAGGCAACGAAUCUUGUUCAGGAGAUGCAGAGCAGAGGAAUCGAACCUAACGCCAUUACGUACUCAACGAUUAUCUCAAUAUGGGGUAAAGCUGGUAAACUAGACCGAGCUGCAACGCUGUUUCAGAAACUGAGGAGCUCAGGUGUUGAAAUUGACCAAGUUCUGUAUCAGACAAUGAUCGUGGCUUACGAAAGAGUUGGUCUAAUGGGUCAUGCUAAGCGCCUGCUACAGGAGUUAAAGCGUCCUGAUAACAUACCUAGAGAAACCGCUAUCACCAUUCUUGCUAAAGCUGGGAGAAUAGAAGAGGCCACGUGGGUUUUCCGACAAGCUUUUGAUUCUGGGGAGGUAAAAGACAUAUUUGUUUUUGGCUGUAUGAUCAAUCUUUACUCGAGAAACCAAAGGUACGUGAAUGUCAUUGAAGUGUUUGAGAAAAUGAGAAGCGCUGGUUAUUUUCCGGAUUCAAAUGCGAUAGCUACAGUGUUGAACGCUUAUGGGAAACAAAGAGAGUUCGAAAAGGCGGAUACGGUUUACAGAGAGAUGCAAGAGGAAGGAUGUGUUUUUCCUGAUGAAGUUCAUUUCCAGAUGCUGAGUUUAUACUCGUCCAAGAAAGAUUUCGAGAUGGUUGAAUCUUUGUUUAAGAGAUUGGAGUCUGAUCCUAACAUCAAUAGUAAGGAGUUGCAUUUGGUCGUGGCGGCGUUGUAUGAAAGAGCAGAUAAACUAAACGAUGCUUCAAGAGUCAUGAAUCGAAUGAGAGAACGGGGACUUCUAAAGCCCUUUUCUAGAUGAGAUCAUGUAACAUGCUUCGUCUUGUGUUAACUUGAGUAAAACAAUCUGGAUGUUUGUCAGCUUCAGUUUUACACUAAUUUAUGAUUUUAAUUUGUUGAGUAGAUUAUCCACUCCAGAGACCAGAAGCAUACUACAUCGGGACCCAGUAAUUUAUUUAUCUUUUGUC